AUGGAGCCAACCAAAGAGUCAACCGUGGUUAACCCACCGGCUACUGCCGCCGAACCAGUUCCCCACACUCCGGCCACAAUAGAGACAGCGACUACACCAGCAACAGUUUCAACAGGGCUUGCAGCGUCGGCUACAGCACCUGAAGUAGUCCCAACACCAGAACCUGCCACAACUCCUGCUGCAACCGCCGCACGAUCAGCACCAGUAGAAGAUCCGAUGGCAAUCAUACCAGCAGAUGCUCCACUUGGACCUCCACCACAAUAUGACGAUCACCACAAAGACGCAAUCUCAGCACCCGAACCCGCCUUCACUGUACCAAAAAUCGACUCACAAGGCAUACCCAUCGGCCAACAAGUUCCACCCUCUCAUAGAGUCAUCCCAAUAGCCCAGCUAGGAGAGGAGCCCCGAUGGAUCCAGUGUCGAUUCUGCUACCACGAAGCCUUGACCAGAGUGCAGAAAGAAAGCACCAGCGAUACCACUAUGGCUGCUGCCUGCUGCUGUCUUUUCGGCGGUCUUUGCUGCGCUUUUAUACCCUAUUGCUUCGAAAUGUGCCACGACAGCCACCAUUUCUGUACAAACUGUGGUGCGAAGGUAGCGGUUCGUCCGCAUGAGGGUCCGAUUCAGGAGUUCUACCCCGGUCCUGCUGGCCCUGUUAUGGUGGCGCCUGCGCCUGUUCAACAGCCGCAGUCGACUAUGGAUAAA